AAUAUUACUAAAAUAAAAAAUUAAAAGAUUAUUUUUAUAAACCUUUUUUCUAUUUUUUUGCCGAAAAAUUACUACAUAUUACACACAUAGAAUUUUUUUCCUGAAUAUAAGAAUAUAAGAAAUAAUAUAAGAGCAUCAAAAUAAUAAAAAUUUUAAAUUUAAAUCUAACAAUUAUUAUAUUAAUAAAUUAUUUAACAAUUACAGGUUUCCUUUUCACAUAAAACUAUGAUUUUACGCAGUCAAUAAAUUGUUAUGUCGUAAUUCGUACAUUUUAAAAACAAUCACAAUCUUUGUAAUGAAUCGAAACCCUUUCGUAAUCGAAAAGAAAUUCGUUGGCUUCACAACGAAUAUAAAAGAUGCCUGUGCUAGAACAAUGGCAGUGUUACGUUUCUUCUUAAUGACUUUUAAGCGAGAGAUUAAGAAUAAAUUUUUAGCAUGAUAUCGAAUCUCGUUUAUUUCAUUAUUUCAAUUAUAAUUUCGGUUCUUGCAAUGAGGACUUCUUCUGAAACAAUAGAAACAGGAGAAUUAAUAAAUAGUGUUCAAUCUCCCAUAAUUAUGGCACAAGAUUAUUCAAGCAUGAUUAAAUCAAUGCAGGAUAAUUCAUAUGAUAAUGAUGAUAGACCAUGUCAAAUAGAAUAUCAAAUUACUAAGAAAAGGGCAGGAAAAUGUAUAAAACUAAGUCAUGGAGUAACUGGUUGUGUUUCUGGUGAUUAUAUAAAUCCUUUUCAUCCUGAUUGCUUCUAAAUUCUUAUACAAAUAAUUUAAAAAAAAAAAAA